GCCAGGCACCCGCAGAGACAGAGACGAGACGCAGAGACGGGUAUCGGCAGCAAGGACACGGACCAGGGUGGAAGAGAAGAAAGACCCUGCAGAGACACUCCAGAAAUGACAACCUUCAUCUCAGCCAGCCUCAGCGUGCUGACCUCUUCUGAGGGCUACCCACUGCCUCCAUCCAGCUCUGAGUGGGCAGCCAGACUGGGACCCUCCCUGGGUUACAGCAGGGCCCCAGCUGCCCCCGAGCCUGGCAGGCUGGACCCAGGGGAGGCCGGUCCGCAGCCAGGCUGGAAGAAUCCCCACCUGUCCAAUGUGACUGUUCAGCUGGAAAUGAAGAGUCUGUGGGAGGAAUUCAACCAGCUGGGGACCGAGAUGAUCGUGACCAAGGCCGGAAGGAGGAUGUUUCCCACCUUUCAGGUGAAGAUACUAGGCAUGGACACAUUGGCUGACUAUGCCCUGCUCAUGGACUUCAUUCCCCUAGAUGACAAGCGGUACAGAUACGCCUUCCACAGCUCUACGUGGCUGGCAGCCGGAAAGGCGGACCCGGCCACGCCGGGCAGGAUGCACUUCCAUCCCGACUCCCCCGCCAAGGGCGCCCAGUGGAUGCGUCAGAUCGUCUCCUUCGACAAGCUGAAGCUCACGAACAAUCUGCUGGACGACAACGGCCACAUCAUUCUUAACUCCAUGCACCGCUACCAGCCCCGAUUCCAUGUGGUGUUUGUGGACCCACGCAAGGACAGUGAGCGCUAUGCACAGGAGAAUUUCAAGUCCUUCAUCUUCUCUGAGACUCAGUUCACGGCUGUGACGGCUUACCAGAACCACCGGAUCACACAGCUAAAGAUCGCCAGCAAUCCCUUUGCCAAAGGCUUCCGAGAGUGUGACCCGGACACCUGGCCUAGGGCCCCAAGGCCCGUGCUCAGCCCCGUGCUCCGAAGCAGCCAGAGCAGCCAAAGCAGCCAGAGCAGCCGGGCCCCACUGCUGAAGGAGGACCACCAGGAAGAGAAAGACCUGGACAAACCUGGCCCGCGCUUCCAGCCCAAAUUCUCCACCUCCGUCUCCAGGACCGCCCCCCAGCUCCAUCAGCACCCAGUGGGCCCGGUGCCGUCCGGAGAGCUUUCUGGGUCCCCCCGGAUCAGUGCUGCCCAUCUGCCCCCCGAGGUCUUUCUGGCCCCCACUGGCUACAUCUCCUACCAUGGCCCAUACACAGGGGCCUCAGCCAGGGUCCGCUCAGCCCCCUACCCUCUCCCUGAGGCCAAGGUGGAGGGGAACCAGGGAGCCCUAGCUCUCCGGGCUCCUCAAGGUGUCCUGGGCCUCCUGGCAAGCAGCCAGAACCAGGAGUGA